AGUCGUACUAAACCAGGCAUCACGUCUCAUUCCUGGAAAAAGGUUGGUGUGUUGCCAUGACGUUCAUCAAGCCUCGUCCAUUGGACCUCUGACUUUAUCAGACAGGAAUUAAAUUACAUCUCUUUUACCCUGAACAUUCCUCAAAUUAAAUGUCUUCAGGAAUGCUCUGAAGACCUGUACGAAAGCUCUGAAGACCUGUACGAAAGCUCUGAAGACCUGUACGAAAGCGAAUAGGGAAGCACCAAAAGGGAGAAACUUAAAAAUGCAGAGGCUUUCAUUUCACAUCAUCGCUGUCAUAAUAAGCUAUUUUCUCAAUGGCUGCAUAGUUGUUCACAGCCAGACAGUCUGCAACCGACCAGCCAAUCUGGAAUGGCACCUACAACCACAAACUGCUCAGGUGAAAUGGACACUCAUGGAAAACAUCUGUGAUAGUAUGGUCCAAUGUUGGGGUGAUCAAGAAAGGACAGAGACCCAAAAGUCAGAUGUUCCGCCAACUUGGAACUUACCUCAGAUUUGUCCUCUAGAGGUGCAGUUUGGCGUCAAGCUGUUUGUUUCUAUUGAUGCCACUCUGGAUUUAUACGGUAUCAGGAUCCUCAAUGUGUCAAAGGAGGACUUUGAAAGUUGUUCCACUGCUCCACAGUCACAAGACCAGUUUCUCUGUUCUGAUGAUGUUAUGAACGCGUCUAGGCAGGUCCAACCUAAGUGGCUUCUCCCGGGCCUUCAUUAUUUCAUAGCUUCGCAUGAGGGGAAUUCACAGCUCUGCAAGCUGGGUCUUCGUCUCAACGUCUCUGUGAAGGAACAACAGUGUCGAAGCAGCCCACUAGUGCGACUCUGCUCCGGGAACGGUGUUUGUAGGACAAGCUUUUGGGAAGACGGAGUGUACCGCUGUCAGUGCCGCCAGCGUUACUCUGGAAAGUUCUGUGAGAAGUUUGAUGCGUGUUUGGAAAACCCAUGUGAGAACAAAGGAGUCUGUGUAAGCAAUGGUACGACAGAUCACAUCCACGCAACGUAUAAGUGUUUGUGCCCUCCACAUUUUACAGGGGCUAACUGCUCUGAUGUGAUUGGACGAGAGAACUGCGGUAGAUUUUGUCGUAAUGGAACAUGUCUCCAAGUUUCACCUUUCUCCUUCAAAUGUGUGUGUUACACAGGACACCCAGGUCCACCUUGUGGGACAUCUUGUGAUCCCAACCCAUGUAGGAACGGCGGAGAGUGUGAGGAGAGCUCCGAGAGCGCCGCUGGAUAUGCUUGUGCUUGUCUGGAGGGAUUCACGGGCCUCCGCUGUGACACCCCCGUUAACAUCAAUUGCCUGUCAUACGAAUGUCAGCGGGAAAAGGCGUGCUCCUUGGGGGAACAUACCUCUCCUGAGUGUGCAGCCUCAGUCUGGCAGUGUUCAGAUGGCACCACAGGCCCACAGUGCAGGAGGCAGCGAGGCCCGUGCAGCCCUUCGCCCUGCCACAACAACGCCAGCUGUUUAGUCCAAGGAGAGGACUACGUCUGCAGGUGCCUGCCAGGGUUUUCCGGGAAGAGCUGUGAAGAGAUAAUAGACUACUGCAGUCUGCUCAGUGUCAACUGUCUGCACCAGGGACUGUGCCUCAGCGUAAUUGGUGGAUAUAAUUGUCUCUGUGCUCCUGGAUGGAUAGGGGAGUUCUGUCAGUAUGGAGGGAACGCCUGCCUGAUCUACCCAGACAGCUGUAUGAAUGGGGCCACCUGCAUCACCACAAGUCAACCUACGGCUCCCCCACAGUACAGAUGUAUCUGCAGCCCUGGUUACACAGGACCCCACUGUGAGACAGAAAUUAACCAGUGUUUCUCCAACCCCUGUCUGCACAAUGGGACAUGCUUGGACUCUGUUGGCUUCUACAAAUGCAGGUGUCUACCAGGAUUUCUGGGCCAGAAGUGUGAGGUGGAUGUAGAUGCCUGUACCCUACCCAACACCACAUGCCCUAGAAACACACAUUGUCUGGAUCUGCCUGAUGGACUGAAGUACACAUGUCGCCUGCUGUGCCCACCGAACAUACAACCAUGUGCCAACGGAGGACGUUGUGUCUGGAACAACGACAGCAGUUACACCUGUGUCUGUGCACCUGGAUGGGCAGGACGUAACUGCCACUUAAACAUCAACGAUUGUGUUCAGCACUGGUGCCGAAACGGGGCCACUUGUGUAGAUGAGAUUGAUGGCUACAGCUGCCUUUGUCCCAGAGGAUACAGCGGUAGCUACUGUGAGAUGGACGUUGAUAACUGCAUUGGACACCACUGCUCUGAGCACGGCGUAUGUCUAGACCAACAAUACAACUAUACUUGUCGCUGUGAGCUCGGGUUCCAGGGGAGCUACUGUGAGCAGGAGACGGAUGAGUGUAAGAGUUCCCCGUGUGUCAAUGGUGCCACCUGUGAGGAUGUCAUCGGAGGCUAUCAAUGCCACUGCCCCCCAGGAUUUGAAGGGAGAUGGUGCUCAGAGAAUGUUAAUGACUGCUGGUCAAGGCCUUGUUUGAAUGGAGGUUCCUGUAUGGAUCUGCUGAAUGGAUACAUCUGCCACUGUCCUUUUGGGUUUCAAGGGGAAGAGUGUUCUGUGGAUAUGGACCUCUGCUCACUAGGAACAUGCCAAGAACGCACAGUGACCUGCACUGAGACUGGGAAUGGACAGAAUGUCACAUGUAUUUGUGAAAAAGGCUUUGGUGGGCCGUUCUGUGAGGUGAAUCUGAACGACUGCAAGUCGAUGCCGUGCCAGAACGGAGCUGUGUGUGUGGACGGUGUUGACCUGUAUCACUGCUUCUGUCCAGCUGGGUUUCAGGGGCUGAACUGUGAAAUCAACUAUGAUGAAUGUGUUUAUGGAUUCUGCGCCAACAAUUCCACUUGUGUUGACCUGGUUGCCGACUAUGGAUGCAUCUGCCCAGUGGGGUUUGUUGCCUGCCUGGAGUGA